AUGGCACACUUUUGCCUUGCCAGCCUCUGGCUCUGGUUGCUCUCGGUUUUUGCGUUCUCCUCGGGCGUUCUCGCCGCUUUUGGCUUCACGAAAUCGAGCAAUAACUAUGUCAUCGACGCUGGAUCGGACAACCCUCUUGUCUUUCAAGUCAGCUCUUCCACAUGCGACAUAAACUCUAUCUUGUACCGCGGCGUCCAGCUCCAAGCCACCGGGUCCAAGGGGACCCAUAUCAACUCGGGGCUCGGCUCCGGCACAUCUGUGAGCGUGACACAGGCAACAACCGCCAGCGGUACCGACUAUGUCAAGGUGACCUGCUCUGUCUCGGGCCUCACGCACUACAUGAUUGUCCGCAAGGGCGACAGCUCCAUAUUCAUGGCCACGUAUAUCAUGGCCGAGCCAAGUGUUGGCGAGAUGCGCUUCCUCGCCCGCCUAGACUCGAGCAAGCUGCCUUACGAGUACCCCUACGGUGAUGUCUCUACCACGGCCGGUUCCACCAGCACCGUCGAGGGCAGCGAUGUCUUCGUUGUCAAUGGCCAGACUCGCUCCAAGUUCUACAGCAGCACGCGGUUCAUCGAUGAGAACGUGCACUGUGUCUAUGGAGGCAACGACGUGAUCCACGUCUGCGUCAUGACUCCCCAACAGGAAUCCUCCAGCGGCGGCCCCUUCUUCCGCGAUAUAGACUCUAAUAAUGCAGGUGAUGGCGCUACUAACCUCUACAACUACAUGAACAGCGGACACGUGCAGACUGAGUCCUACCGCAUGGGCCUGCACGGCCCCUACAUCAUGCAGUUCAGCCGGUCUGGCAUUCCCAGCGUCAAGAAUCUCGACCUUUCCUUCUUUGAUGAAAUAUCCGGCGUCAAUGGCCUCGUUACCAAGUCGCAGCGCGGAUUCGUCAAGGGUACUGCCUCCGGCGUCCCUUCGAGCUUCCAGACAGUCGUGCACUGGUACAACGGCGCGGCGCAGUACUGGACUAUGGCCUCGAGCGGCGGCGCCUUCACCUCGCCGGCCAUGAAGCCCGGCACAUACACGAUGGUGCUCUACCAGACUGAGUUCAAGGUCGCCACCGUGAACGGCGUCAGCGUCUCGGCAGGCCAGACGACGACGGCCAACAUCGCCAGCACCUUCAGCACCAACCACAACACGCUCUUCAAAAUUGGCGAAUACGACGGCCAGCCGACUGGGUUCCGCAACGCCGACAAAUUCCUGCGCAUGCACCCUUCAGACAGCCGCAUGUCGAGCUGGGGGCCCCUGACAUACACCGUCGGCUCCUCCUCGCUGUCCGACUUCCCCAUGGCUGUCUUCCAGGCGGUCAAUAAUCCCGUGACCAUCAAAUUCAAUCUCGGUAGCGCGCCGACCGGGUCUGCGACCUUGCGCAUCGCGACGACCCUCUCGUUUGCUGGCUCGCGACCGCAGGCGAAGGUCAACAGCUGGACAGGCCCUACUCCUGGAGCCCCGACUAAGAUCGACAGCCGGGGUGUCACACGCGGCGCCUACCGAGGCUACGGAGAGAUGUACGACGUGCAAAUUCCUACGGGUACGCUUGUCUCGGGAUCUAAUACCAUCACUAUCUCGUCGAUCUCUGGGAGUAGCGGCGCUACUUUCCUAAGUCCCAACUUUGUAAGCACUUCCCAAUGA